GAGAGAGAGACCGCUGUGUCAGCAGAUCCUCGUGCGUGGCAGAGUUUGAUCGUGAUUCGUGUGAUACGAGUGGUUGUUUUGUGAUGUGAAGAUCUUUAAAUACUUGAAGUUCACGCGCGUGUUAUUUGAGGAGAAGAUGGAGAAGAAACUGCCGGAGGAUCUCGCGAAUCUUUCUGAACUGAACGAGCAGAGUUUACUGGAGCUGCUGACGGCACGAUUUAAACAAAAUCACAUCUAUACCUACAUCGGAGAUAUAUUGGUAGCGGUUAACCCAUUUAAAUAUCUUUCAAUCUAUGAACGAGAGGUUUCAGAACGGUAUAAAUGUCACGAGAAGAGAUCUUUACCUCCUCAUAUAUUCGCGGUUGCGGACCGAGCUUACCAAUCACUGCUGGGACGUUUGGCCACAGGACCCCAAAACCAAUGCAUCGUGAUCAGUGGUGAAAGUGGGGCAGGUAAAACCGAAAGCACUAAACUGCUGUUGAGACACAUCAUGGAGUUGUGUAAGGCAAACUCACAGCUGGAGCAGCAGAUCCUGCAGGUGAAUCCUCUUCUGGAGGCCUUUGGAAACGCUCAGACGGUCAUGAAUGACAACAGCAGUCGUUUCGGGAAAUACGUUCAGCUCCGUUUCCACAACUCUUCAGUCAAAGGAGCCAAAAUCAGCGAGUAUCUCCUGGAGAAAUCUCGUGUGGUCAAUCAGGAUGAUGGUGAACAGAACUUCCACAUCUUCUACUUUAUGUUGGCCGGUAUCUCCACUGAGGAUAAAGAGAUGUAUGGGCUCCUGGACCCAAAGCUUUACCGGUAUUUGAACGGCAGGUUCGGGCAGGAAAAUGUGGUGCAAAAUUGGCGUUUGAAAUAUUCUGAAGUGUGUAAUGCUAUGGACAUGGUGGGAUUUGAAGAACAGGAGAAGGUGGACAUGAUGACCAUACUAGCAGGAAUUCUUUCACUUGGAAACAUCAUGUUUGAGACCACCGAUAAUGAUCUCCUGAAGGUAUCGGAGACGUCACGUGGUUGGCUGAAGGCAACUGCGGGUCAGUUUGGUGUUCAGGAGGAAGAUUUAUUAAAGAGUCUGACGUGCACCAUGUCAAUGACGAGAGGAGAAGCCAUUCAACGUCUACACAACCAGCAGCAGGCUGAAGACGCCAGGGAUUCGAUUGCCAAAGUGGCCUACGGUCGAGUGUUCGGCUGGAUCGUCAGUAAAAUCAACAAACAGCUCGCUCAUAAAGUAGACGAUGAUGUUGAGCUCAGUGAAAUCGGAAUCCUGGACAUCUUUGGUUUUGAGAACUUUGCUGUGAAUCGAUUCGAGCAGCUCUGCAUUAAUCUCGCCAAUGAGCAACUUCAGUAUUUCUUCAACCAUCACAUAUUCCUGAUGGAACAAGAUGAAUAUAAACAGGAAGGCAUCACAUGGGAAACUAUAGCCUUCAAGGACAACAAACCCAUACUGGAUUUAUUUCUCACUAAACCUAUUGGGAUUAUGUCUCUGCUGGAUGAACAGAGCGCCUUUCCACAGGCCACAGACAAAGACUUUGUUGACAAGCUAAACGGCAAAUUUAAAACGGCUCCAAACUUUGAGGUUGUGAGAAGCCACACCCCUCUCUUUACUAUUGUUCACUAUGCUGGGAAGGUUCAAUACAACGCUGGUGGUUUUCUGGAGAAGAACAGAGACACGAUUCCAGCAAACAUCCGUGAGCUUUUCAUCAACAGCGUGACUCCACUGCUCAGCGUUCUCUUCGCAGCCACAAUUUCUCGAACAGGGACUCUGAUGCCACGCAAAGCAAAGUUAGUUUCAGAUGACAACUUUAACUCCACCAGGAAACAGUCUGUUGGUGCACAGUUCAAGCAUUCUCUGGCUGUCCUGAUGGAGAAGAUGUUUGUGGCCAAUCCACACUUUGUACGAUGCAUCAAACCCAACAGAAGCAAACAGCCUGAUGAUCUGGACAGUAAUCUGGUGAUGGAUCAGCUGAGGUAUAACGGUCUGUUGGAAACCAUCCGCAUCCGGCGAGAUGGAUUCUCAUGGCGUCCGACCUUUAGGGAGUUUACUGAAAGGUACAACAUUCUGCUGGUGAAACCUGAUCUCCCAUUGGACAAAGAAAGUUGUAUAGCCAUCCUGAACAGCACUGGGUUGUCUGGCUGGAAAUGUGGAUUAAGCCGGUUGUUUUUUAAGUUCUGGCAUCAGGAGGAGUUGGCGCGUCUGCUGGACAGAAUGGGCCAGGCAGCUGUUAUCAUUCAGAAGAAUUACCGUGCGAGGAUCUGCAGGAAGAGGUAUUUGGUUCUGAUAGCGGAGAUACGACGACAGCGACAGGCCCAGCGAGAGAAAGAGGAGCGAGAGGAGCAAGAGAGGAGACGCAAGCUGAUGGAGGAACAGGAGGAGAGAAGACGACUGGAGGUGGAGCAGGAGAACCUUCGCCCGGCGUCUCCACCGGUACCUCUGCCGAGAAAGAAGUUGCCCCAGCCGAGGCCGCGGUCGAUCCUGAACGGCAUCACUAAACCCCCACACCUGAUACCUGUGCCACGGCCUCGCAGCAAACUGGUUGAGGCGACUCCGUUUGAUAAUGAAUUAAAUGAGAAUGUUCAUCUGGACGCCUCUCUGGUGCUUCAGCCGAUAGAUGAAGAGCGUAUUAAAGAAAAACGCUUGAAAAAGACCAACACCAUCCGCUGGUUUAAAGAGACGCAAGUCCGUAAGCUGGCCAGAGACGGAUCCUUUCCUUGCUGGUUUCAUGGAAUGAUCUCACGAAGACAAGCAGAAGAUCUUUUGACGGAUAAACCUCUCGGCUGCUUCUUGGUGCGUGUUGGUCAAAGUCGGGAGGGCUUUACACUCACAUACAGGGGUGGCGAUCGCUGUCGUCAUUAUAUGGUAGAAGUGCAGACUAAUGGGAAGUAUGUGAUCCUUGGGGAGGACCGGGCUCACUCUUCUCUCACAGAUCUGGUCCAUUAUCACGCUCAGGUGGGCAUCAAACCCUUUAUGGAGCUGCUUACAGCACCCUGUGGUCAGGUGAGUGAACAUGAGCCAGAUUAUGAAGAGCUCAGAGGCUUUUCAUCGGCUCAUGCAGAGGACAGCAGUGAUGCUGAGGACUUGGGUUCAAAGAAAAUCCACUUUCAGAUGCAGAAACUCUUCAUUCCCCCACAGCAAAACUCAAACCUCGAACCACGCAAACCCCCUGUGAUGAAACGCAUCUCCGACAGACGCAGACGCAUGGAUAUAGGAGAGAUGGAUCAUAAGGAUACUGAUGAUCAUGAAACGCGACCGUUCCCACGACUCUACCCAUCUAUCAGACUGGCCAUGAGAGAAAUCCAGCAAACCCAACAGCAGAGCCAAGAACACAUUCAUGUCGUCUCCGGGAAACCUUUGGCUUCGUGGAAAAGGACCGAUGCAUGACACUUUAGAUGAAACUCCAGAUGCUGCUAUUCAUUUUAUUUGAUUUGUUUUAUCCUCUUUAUUUUAUUAUAAAUUGUAACUAGAAGUUUGAUCAUUUGUUGUAAUUUUAGUAUUUAUUUAUAAAUUAUCUUAAUGUUUGAUGUUAAUAAAUAAAAUGUUGUUUUCAUAUA